UUUAAAUCAAAUUUUAGACCAAUUAUAUCAAAAUUCAUAAUUAAGAAAUUACAUGCUCGUCACCUGUAUUGGCAUUCUGAAACGAAUAUUGAACAGAAAAUGAACACAUGAUCGAGAGCGUACAGACAGAUCUUUAAAAAACUCUCCGCUUUCUUUCAGACCGGAACCAAUUUUGGAGAUUUCUCCCCAUAACCCGACCUGCUUUCAUCCAUUGCUAGGGUUCAGCCCCUUCUCAAGACAGGCAUCUUCUCUCUAAAAUGUGAAUCUCACAUUGAGAUGCUGUGGCUUUUACCGGAUUGCGCACAACUCUAAUCCAAUUAUCUAACGAAGGCUUGGUUAUAUGCUUUACCAUUAAAUUGUAUUGGACAUAGUUUCCUAGUUUUGUUGAAUUGUCAAUUGCGAAUUUUAAGAAGCUGGAAAUGAGUGUUGUUGGGUUUGAUGUUGGAAAUGAGAAUUGCGUCAUAGCAGUCGUGAGGCAACGUGGAAUUGAUGUGAUAUUAAAUGAUGAGUCAAAACGAGAGACUCCUUCUGUGGUGUCGUUUGGUGAGAAACAGCGGUUUUUGGGCUCUGCCGGGGCUGCAUCUGCUACAAUGAACCCCAAAUCUACAAUCUCCCAGUUUAAGAGGUUAAUAGGCAAGAAAUAUAGAGAGCCUACAGUACAAAAUGAUCUGAAAUUGUUUCCCUUUGAGACAUCUGAAGGGCAUGAUGGGGGUAUCUUGAUUCAUCUACAGUAUCUCCAUGAGAAACGCACUUUUAGCCCUAUUCAAGUCCUUGCAAUGUUAUUCGCACAUUUAAGACAAAUUGCUGAGAAAAAUAUGGAAACAGAUGUUUCUGAUUGUGUCAUUGGGGUGCCUUCUUACUUCACGGACUUGCAGAGACGAUGCUAUUUGCAGGCUGCAAAGAUCGGUGGUUUAAACCCACUCCGGUUGAUACAUGAUUGCACUGCUACAGCUCUAGGUUAUGGAAUUUACAAAACAGACCUUUUAGCUGGCAGUCCUACUAAUGUUGUGUUUGUUGAUAUUGGCCAUUGCGAUACUCAAGUCGCUGUGGCUUCUUUUGAUCAAGGACAUAUGAAGAUACUUUCUCAUGCUUUUGAUAUUGAGCUUGGCGGAAGGGAUUUUGAUGAGGUUCUAUUCAGACAUUUUGCCAGAAACUUCAAGGAACAAUACAAUAUCGAUGUCUACUCAAAUGCUCGUGCUUCUGUUAGGCUGAGGUCAGCAUGCGAGAAAUUGAAGAAAGUUUUGAGUGCAAAUGCAGAGGCACAACUCAAUAUUGAAUGCUUGAUGGAUGAGAAAGAUGUGACGGGUUACAUCCGGAGAGAGGAAUUUGAGAAGCUAUCAUCACAAUUGCUGGAGAGGAUUUCCAUUCCUUGUCAACAGGCUUUAAUGGACUCUGGGUUGCAUUUUGAUAAUAUUCACAAUAUUGAACUUGUGGGGUCAGGGUCUCGAAUACCAGCUAUUGCUAGAGCUUUAAGUUACUUCUUCAGGAAAGAACUUAGUCGCACUUUGAAUGCUAGUGAGUGUGUUGCACGUGGGUGUGCUCUUCAGUCUGCAAUGCUUAGCCCAAUAUUUCGUGUUAGGGAUUAUGAGGUGUGUCUCUUGACCUACACUACCUAAUUAGUCAGUGCCUCUCCUGGUUGUAUGAGUUGGGUCUGUUUGGAUGGAGUGGUUUGGUGGGGCAGGCUUUGACGAGCUAGGUCUAUGCAUAUAAAUUUCAGUUAAAUUUAAAGGUACAGGAUCGUCAUCCCUUUUCCAUAGGGUUUUCAUCAGAUGGAGUUCAGAUGGGCUUACCAUCAAUGGGUACAUUGUUUCCCAAAGGCCAUCUUUUUCCAAGUGUGAAAAUGCUUACGUUGUAUCGGGAAAAAUCAUUCCACGUGGAAGCCUUUUAUGCAAACCAAAAUGAGCUCCCCCCUGGUGUACCUACUAAAAUAUGCUCUUUUGCGAUUGGUCCUUUCCAAGUUUCUCAUUCAGAAAAAGCAAAGGUUAAAGUCAGAGUUCAGCUGAAUGUACAUGGGCUGGUUAAAAUUGAUUCAGCAUCACUCGUGGAGGAUCAGGUGACUGAAUUAGCCCCAGAUGAUGCUUUUUCAGACAACAGUGAGGGUGAUGAAACAAAAAAAGUCAAGUCUAUCAAGAGGCAAGAUAUACCCGUUACAGAACAUGUAGAUGGUGCAAUGACCCCAGCUGAGCUUUCCAGAGCUCAAGAUGAAGAAUUUCAAUUAGCAGAGCAUGACAAGAAGGUGGAGCGGACUAAAGAUAAGAAAAACACUUUGGAGGCUUAUGUCUAUGAGACCCGUACUAAGCUUCUGAAUACAUAUAGGAGCUUUGCCACUGAUUCAGAAAGAGAGGAUAUAUGUAGUAAUUUGCAGCAGACUGAAGAAUGGCUCUAUGAGGACGGAGAUGACGAGUCUGAACAAAUCUAUUCUCAGAAGCUACAGAGUCUUAAAAAGAUCAUAGACCCAGUUGAGCGCAGAUACAUGGAUGAAGAGGCACGGGCACAGGAAACACGAAAUCUACUGAAUUGCAUAGUGGAUUAUCGAACUGCUGCAGAGUCUCUACCACCCAAUGAGAAAAAUGCCGUCUUCAGCGAGUGCAGUAAAGCAGAGCAGUGGCUUAGAGAUAAAUCCCAACAACAGGAUGCAUUGCCCAAAAAUGCUAAUCCAGUACUUUGGGCAAGCGAAAUCAAGAGAAGGGCCGAUGUUCUCAAUGCGAUGUGCAAGCAUAUGAUGAGAUCCAAAUCAUCACCAUCAUAUGGUGACACAGACAGAGAUUCACGCUGAACAAGUAAAAGGGAUGGAUGAUAUGGACAAAGAUUGAUUGAUGUGGGUUCUAUAUGCAAAGUUUCCCCACGUGAAAGAGUGGGUUGGAACCUAGCCAUCACAAUGACUGUUCGUCCACUUUCUGGUUGUUUUGACUCUCCUUCAAGUGGACUCUCUACCGGAUGUCAUUUGUGCAAGAAUCUUGGGCUUUUUGCAUACAAUUUGCCCUCAUGCUCUUGAGAUUUUUUUGUCAAAAUUUUAUUAUUCACACGGCUUCAGCCUUCAGUGUUCCAGAUGUUCAUCAAUCUUUGAUUGAAAAAACAUACAUCUGUUUUACAUGCAUCAGUUACAUGUGAUUUGUGUCAAUUUUGUACAUCACAUUUUGGUUAUGUUAUAUACUUCCAGGGAUUGCCUUUUAUUUUUUUUCGUCUUCAUGUGUUUGCUUUGACCAUGGAAAAU